UAAGUUGUUUACACUUUACAAUUCGUUGUUUUACAUUCUUACUUGAACGUCCCAACUUUUGGGAAAGGAAUGCAGCUGAGCUGUAUCAAACGUAUGUUUAGUUUCUGAUGAAAACUGUAAUUAUUCCAAGCAAUGUUGUGAUCUCCUUAAAGGAAAUGUUUUGAAAAUUAUUUUGACACUCACAAGUCACAAUAUUUUUAUAACAGUAAUAUCACACAUAACAAUGUCAAUGUCUGUGUCAAAAAAGUUGGAUCAUCGAACUCUACACUGGUUCCGUAAAGGUCUCCGUCUGCACGACAAUCCAUCUUUACUAAAUGCAUGUGAAACCAGCUCUCAGAUUUGGCCUGUGUAUUUUGUCAAUCCAGAGCUUAUCACUCAUGGCGAAAAUAUAGGUUUUAAUCGUUGGAGAUUUUUAUUGGAAUCAUUGCAAGAUUUAGAUAACCAACUGAGGAAGUUUCAGUCAAGAUUGAUCGUAAUUCAAGCAGAUAAUGUCAAAGAAAUACUGCUUCACUAUGUAAAAGAAUGGAAAAUUACAAAGUUGACAUUUGAAGUAGAGACAGAACCGCAUCGUAUGGAGCGAGAUAAUGAUAUAACUAAUUGUCUUCAGGAAAUGGGAGUUGAAGUUGUUUCUUGUCAUUCACACAACCUCUACGUUUUAAAUGAAGUGGUAGAAAAGAACCAUGGUGUACCUCCUCUAACUUAUCAAAAGUUUCUAACAACCAUAAAAUCUUUGGGUCAACCUAAGAAGCCAGUUGCUUGUUUGACCGCAAGUCAUUUUCAAUCUUGUAAUACCCCUCUAGAAAAAUGCAAUGAUAAAUUGUUUGAACUCCCAACUUUAGAAGAUUUAAAACUUUUUGGUAGAGAUGGAGUGUGCAAUGAAUCUAAAUUUCCAGGAGGAGAAAGUGUUGCAUUGCAAAGAAUGGAAGACUAUCUCAAAAACGAAGGGUGGAUUAACAGUUUCGAAAAGCCAAAAACUUCACCAAAUUCUCUGGAACCCAGCACAACAGUACUUAGUCCUUAUAUAACAUUUGGCUGCCUCUCAGCAAAAACAUUUUAUUGGAAAUUAUCUGAUGUGUACCAGAGGGCAAGGCGUCAUUCUUCGCCUCCUGUUUCCUUACAUGGUCAACUUCUGUGGCGAGAAUUUUUCUACACAGUUGCCUCCGUCACUCCUCAAUUUGAUAAAAUGGAAGGAAAUGAUGUGUGUCUGCAAGUACCUUGGGAUGACAACAAAGAAUAUUUGAAAGCGUGGAGUGAGGGAAGAACUGGCUAUCCCUUUAUUGAUGCUAUCAUGACACAAUUACGUGCAGAAGGAUGGAUACAUCAUUUAGCACGUCAUGCUGUCGCUUGCUUUUUAAAGGGAGAUCUAUGGUUAAGUUGGGAACAUGGUUUGAAGGUUUUUGAAACAUAUCUUUUGGAUCAUGAUUGGAGUCUCAAUGCUGGGAAUUGGUUAUGGCUUUCAGCAAGUGCAUUUUUUCAAGCUUACUUCAGGAUCUAUAGUCCAGUUGUAUUUGGUAAAAAGACAGACCCCAAUGGAGAUUUUAUAAGAAAAUAUCUUCCGUGUCUUGCAAAGUAUCCCAGAGAAUAUAUAUUUGAGCCAUGGCAGGCUCCACUGGCAGUUCAAAAAAAAUGUGCAUGCAUUGUUGGAAAAGAUUAUCCUCGACCAAUAGUCAACCAUGAUCUUGUAAGACCAAGAAAUAUUGAACGCAUGAAGCUUGCAUGAAAAGAAAAAUAUGCCAGUGAAACUUCAAAUAAAAAAGAAAGAACCUCUCCUGGAAAACGAAGUAAAAAUAGUAAGGAGUUCAUUUCCAAAAAGCGAAAACAAACGAAGAUAACGUCUCAACUAAAUGUUAAAAAAGAAGGUGAAAGUAGUUAAUAAAGGCGAUGAUCUAAGAUCAAAAAAGGUUAUGCUGCAUCAGAAAAUUCUAAAACGAUUGUCUGUAUUUUUUAUUUAUUCGUUCAACAAACUUUUAAGGGGUAGUUUUAUUCAUAAAGACUUCCUCUUUAACAAUAGUAUUUGAUUACACCGUGCAGAAAAGCAAAUCUUAACAGUAUCAAAUACACACGAAAGACCAUAUAUUGGCUAAUAUUGAGAGCUAUUCUUCUGUAGUCUCAUCUUUCUAUGAAAAGUUCGUAUUGCUAUUAAAUGACAGCAUGAGUGAGUGUGGCUCACCCAUCCAAGCGUUCCUUUAUAAAUCUUGGUUUCAAUGGAAAUUUGCCAGUUUUGCAACUUUUUUGCACUCUAAAAACUUGCACGCCAAAAAUACUCAAAACUAACACUAUCAAUUAUAGUUUUUUUCUACGUAAUGUGUUUUCACAUCAACACAAGGAAACCACGAAAUACAUACAAAGACCUGGUUGCAAUGAAACUACAUCAACCAAAGUAGGGUUGAAAUAUUUUAUAGAUUUUACUAUUUGUCAAAGCUAAUCACUUUCCCACCAGUUAAAGCGGCACUUUGUGGUACGUUUUAAGGUUCUUCAUUGCUUUGGGAAUUUUUUUUGGAUAUAGCAUACGUAGUAUAGUAAUUUCUUACUCGUUAGUGUAUCCUUGUGAGAUCUUCUACCAGCUUCACAAGAUCUUCAACAUUAGCUUGUUGUUUCAUUCCUUCCACCUCCAUCUAAACAAUGUGACAUCGUUUCACAUUUACAUGUACAUAACAUGUCGUCAUUGUAAGUGUUUAAACAUUGUAUGAAUGAAUAUAUAACAUUGCCUUACAUACAUGUAUAUAAAACUGGAAA